UAUAUAAGUGCAAAUACUGUUUUUCUUGUUAUUUAAGGACGAAAACAUGUCGCUCAGAGCUGGAUUUCUAUUCGUAACGCUCCUUGUUGGGAGCUAUGCAUUCCCAGCGCAAGAGCAGGAUGUGUCGAUCUUCUUCGACCAAACAGACCCAACAACCCGUAUUCUCGGGGGUUCUGUCGCUGGUCGCGUGCCCUACAUUGUGGCAUUGAGUUCUGGUUUACCAGUCAGAAACUUCGUCUGUGGAGCGUCACUGGUCACCAACAGACACCUUUUGACCGCAGCUCACUGCAUCCAUGCAGUUUUCUUCGAUGGAAAUUUGCUCGGUUCCCUCCGUGCCACCGUCGGCACCAACCGUUGGAACAGGGGGGGCACUCACUACCGUAUCGCCAGUAACAUCACUCACCCUGACUACGAGCACAGCCUCACCAAAAACGACAUUGGAAUCCUCAUCACCGUCGAAAACGUAGUAAUGUCAACGCGAGUUCAACCUGUAGUUCUGAGCUAUGACUUUGUUGGUGCUGGCGUCGCAACAACUGUCACUGGAUGGGGAAGAACUUCUACUAAUGGGUCGACGCCCCUAAAUCUAAUGCAGCUGUCAGCGUCCGUUAUCGAUGGAAAUCGUUGCGUAAAUGAAGUAGCCAAUCGCGCCUCACAGCUCAACAUAAAAGUUUCAGUUGUCCAACCACACAUCGAAAUCUGCACAUACCUGGCUAACGGACGCGGCACGUGCAACGGUGACUCCGGCAGUCCGCUGAUGCGCUCCGACCGCAAACAACAGAUAGGUGUGACAUCUUGGGGUUUGCCGUGUGCGCGCGGUGCUCCUGACAUUUUCGUUCGCAUAAGUGCCUACCGUUCUUGGAUCCAACAGAACACCAGAUGAAUAAUAUCUUAAGUAUUCAAUACUUUGGACCGUUUAUGAUGACGAUGCGAUAGAAAUAAAUGUUACUGUUGA